UUGAUAUUUACGAUUCGGAUUACGCAACAAGAGUUAUUCCUUCUGAAAACGAUAGUAGUUCUUUUAUGAAAUUAAAAUCGGCAGUACGUGUCACGUCAAAUACUAAUGAAAUUACUGCAUUUAACGAAUAUGACGUGGAUGACGAAGAAGAUUUCAUAAAAGUUUAUUUUGCGUCUGGCACGGUACUGAAACCAUCGGACAAACCGUACGAUCUGCGUUCAAAAAUCCACGAAGCAAACCGAGAAUUAGCAAACGCUAGUGCAGAGAGCAAAUUAGUUAACGCGCCCGGAAAAGUCAAGUUUGACAACACUGUUGUAAUAUUAGACAGUUUUGAAGACAUCGGUACAGUGUCGAUCGGAACGGAAACACUUCAAGGUACCGAAGUUAUUAUUUCUGAUUGUCCGAUUGAUGAUCUCAAAGAUAAAGACAUUUUGGCCAAAAUUGAUUUGUUACGAGAUGAUGAUGCAGACGACCAAAACGAUGUGGUGUGCAGUUCGACUACCGAUAGAACGCAAGAUACUGACACAGACGACAAAGCCUAUUCAAGCACUUCAUUUAGCAGAAGUUUUUCGUCUGAAUCUGAUGACCCGUUGUUUAUAAACAUUAUAGAGUCUGGGGACGAAUUCAAAACAAUCAUGGACCGAAACAAUAAGACGCGCCAAGGAUCAGCAAUUGACGAGCAUGUGACGUACUUCCCAGAAUUGUUCACCCACACACAAUACAAAAUGUAUGAAAACUGUGCGGAAAAAACAUUGGAAGACGGGGACGUUAACAUAUAUGUACCCAAGAAGCUGGAUGCGGAGGAGUUGAGAAAUAAGUUGAAAGAAAUUACUGGAGAGCGUAAACGGGCAAUGCAAGUAGUGGGGGCAAUGAAUGAAAAGAAAGUCGACUUCAAGUCCACAAAAAAAGUUGGUUGUUUCGCAUCGCUAAGAAACGCUCAAAAAAAAAUCAAGCAAACAAAAAUAUCCGACAAAAAAAUGCAAUCGUCAUCUGCUCAGAUAUGUGUACAGCAGCAGAUGAAUCACUGCGGUAAUGGCAACAACAUAAACAAAAACAAUAUUAAUAAUAAUAAUAAUAAUAAGGCUCGCAUGACAUAUUACUUUGAAAUGGACCCGAAAGGUAAGCUCAAACCACUUAACAAUAGGAACAGUCGCCACACAGUUGACGAAACGAGUUCUUCGAACAACUGCAACAAUAAGUCUACGAAUAAAUUCUUCCACAUUAAUCUGAGGGCGGCGAAAAACGGCGAAAAUGCUAAACCUCGGAUCACCAAGACACCGAACGCGGAUUUGUUUCUGGAAUUUCAGACGGACAAGUCUGGAAACAGCAAGGGAGCGAAGUUAGUGAUCAAAAAGAAGCCCACAGCUGAGGUAGAGCUGCAUCAUAGCCCGACGAAUUACAGCGGUGGAGGUACCGUCAAGAAGUCCUCAGUCGCUGGGUGCGGCGAACGUCCUCGGUUGCCAGGUUACAACGGCCUUAGAUCUGAAUAUGGGCUGUCGGCUGAACAGCUGCUGGAAAGGCGCAACAUGAGAAUGGAACGUGAGAGGCGAAGGAAAGAAUUAAAGCAGAAGAAACACGAAGAAGAACAAAAGAAGAGAGCGGAAAACGAAAAAAAUUUCUAUAAAUGGCUACAACAAAAGAAGCAAUUGAAAAAACACGCAAAAACCAUCAGGCGCAGCUAUCCUAUGAACAAGCUAACAGUGUCUUCCGCAAGGGUUUCCAUAAACUCUACUCACGACAGUGAUCGACGCAAAGGAUCGUUUGCUCUAGAAGAGUUACUAAAGAUCAAAGACGAGAAUAGUGGAUGGUUCAAAUUUUAA